ACGAAUGUAUUUUUUGUUACAGCCCACUAGAGGGCUAAAUGCAGCUUUGUCGUUGUCCUGAGAGGAAUCAACAUUUGCUCGCAGUCCAGGACACGUAGAGCACAUUUCUACAGAGGCACAGUAAAGCUGUCACUGGCCAGUGUGCUUGAGACACAACCGCAGCUGAAACUUCCGUUCAAACGCGCAAUUCAUUGAUGAUUUGGCUUCCUUUUUUAGAAAGGGUGUGAAGGCGAUUCGAGAUAAGUGAUAUUAUCUGUCUCCUGUUUUCGUUAUGUCUUCAAUCUAGCAGCUUUAUUCAUUCUAACGUAAGUUCUGGUGCACAACACAGUGGGACAUCAUGGCUGAGGAGGAGCUCAUGUUUAGUAUGGAGGAGGUGGGAAGUCCUCGGGAUGGACCUAGGAAUGGGUGUGCUAAGAGUGGAGUGGCUUUCCAAGAGUCCAAUGCAAGUGAUGAUGAUGAAGAUGACAUCCGUAUCUGCUCCAUCACCGACGACCCAAUAAGCCCUACUAUAGGCUUCUUUGACUACCCAAAGAACGUCGUUUGCAACCAGCAGUUUUCGAAUUCAUUGCCCAAAAACUCCUUCACAUACAGGAACAAAAAUGAAACCGAGCAAGAUGGGCACUCUGUCAGGUUUGGCUCUUUAACUGAGAAAGGCCGGGCAACUUGGAAACAUGCUAUUGAGAAAGCCAAAGCCAUGCCAGAUCCUUGGGCUGAGUUCCAUCUGGAGGAAAUCGAGACAGAGCGCUGCACUCGAUACAGAUACAAUGCAGUUACUGGUAAAUGGGCAAAAGACGACAUAUUUAUCAAGGUUUCCUCUCAGGUGUUUGGAAAAGGAGCCAUGAGGGAAUGCUAUAGAGCGAAGAAGUUGUCAAACUUUUCCCACAGCAGCAACUGGAAAUCAGCCUCAAACUACGUGGCUAAGAGAUACAUGGAGACCGUGGACAGAGAGGUUUACUUUGAGGAUGUGAGGUUACAAAUGGAGGCUAAAUUAUGGGGCGAGGAGUUCAAUCGCCACAGGCCUCCAAAACAGGUUGACAUCAUGCAGAUGUGCAUUGUGGAAAUGACUAGUCGCCCUGGGAGCCCUUUGUUUCACCUGGAACACUACAUUGAGGGAAAGUACACAAAGUACAACUCUAACUCUGGUUUUGUGAGGGACGAUAACAUACGGCUUACACCUCAGGCAUUCAGUCAUUUCACAUUUGAGCGCUCUGGACACCAGCUGAUAGUGGUGGACAUUCAGGGUGUUGGGGACCUUUACACAGACCCUCAGAUCCACACUGAGAAGGGAACUGACUUUGGAGAUGGCAACCUAGGUGUGCGUGGCAUGGCUCUUUUCUUCCACUCUCACCUGUGUAAUAAGAUCUGUAGGAGUAUGGGCCUUACUCGUUUUGACAUGUCCCCUUCUGAAAUUGCAGAGUUGGACUGCACCAACAAAUUGCUGCAGCAGUCAGCUAAGACUGUCCUCCGUGGAUGUGAAGAGCAGUGUGGUUCGCCCAGGGUCCGGACGACCUCUCUCGGCCACAUGCCUGUUCUCCUCUCGCGGCACUCUGAGACCUCCUCAGUUGAUGAAAGCAGUGACACAGACUCGAUUCCCUGUUCUCCACUUAGUAUGGGCAUCUCUGCAGGCCGAUCACCCAUGGGCUGGUCAUUUAUGAAUGAAAUGAAUGAGGCAUAUCGAGCUAACACAGAUCACAAGGACUCAGAGAAUGGAGGAGACAGUGGUUACCCCAGUGAGAAACGCAGUGAAGGAGACUCAGUCGAGCAUCACAGUCAGGGACAUCCCUUCUACAACAGACAUUACUCAGAAUCGGAUGAGGACAGUGUUCGUCGGCUGACAGAAGACAAAUGGAGUUUUUACCAUUCAUCUCGCUCCCACAUACACAGACCCUCCUGUGUGGCAGUGGAGGUAGAGAGACUUAACACUAUGCUUCUCGAAAGGAAAAUUGGUAAAUCCAUCCUAGGCAAGGUACAUCUAGCCAUGGUCCGCUACCACGAGGCCGGGCGUUUCUGUGAGAAGGAUGCACCAUGGGACCAGAUUUCUGCAGUGUAUCAUUUGGAAAGAGCUGCCAUGUGCGGAGAGCUUGAGGCUAUAGUUGCCCUUGGCCAAUGUUAUCUUCAGCUGCCACAUCACAUUCUACCAGAGAUCGAAUUAGAGGCAUCUGUGGAAAACAGCAAGAAGGGUUUCCGCUUUCUGCUGCAGGCCGCUGAGGCAGGAGACCGGCCGAGUAUGAUUCUAGUAGCACGAGCAUUGGACACGGGUUUGAACCUCCCUUCUGAUAGGGCUAUGGACUGGAAGCACGCCGUGUACUGGUAUGACUCUGCCCUUAAGAUGACGGACUAUGACGAGGGGGGAGAGUUUGAUGGGAUGCAGGAUGAGCCGCACUACCUUCUGUUGGCACGAUUGGCUGAGAUGUACCAGGAGGGAGGGUACAACCUGAAUGCAGACCCCCAAAAAGCAGGUGAUCUUUUUACUGAGGCGGCUGAUGCAGCUAUGGAGGCCAUGAAGGGCAGACUGGCCAAUCAGUACUACAUGAAAGCAGAGGAAGCAUGGGCUAUGAUGGAAGAAUGAAAGUGCUGGUGUGGAAAAAAAGCAUGAACAUAGUUCCUAUUUUGCACCCAGCCCCUGUUUACAUGCCGUUUUCAAUGCCUUAUGUUUUCCUUGGGUCCCUUUGACUUAAGAGAACUAAUGUUGAUAUUGGAUCAGUUUUCUAAUGAAUGUGAGAAGGGCAUACGCUGAUUCAGUGAUAUACUGAGCUGCUACAUACACAUAUUCUCCUGAUUAAUUUUUCAUUAAGAAUAGUUGCACAGUGUCUGCAACCUGUUCAGGUUGCUUCAUGGGAAUAUGUGCAUUAUCUGUCAAUUAUUUCUUUCUCUUGUUUCCAACUGGAUGUUUCUUUAAUAAACAUGUUGUGACUGUUAAAAAAUGGCAUCCCUGAUUGAACGUCUGUAAAAUUAAUUUGCUAGUAUUGUUAGAUCUGAUGUCUAAGAAUAUUAAGCAUCAAUAGCUAUUGCUGUGAGUUUUAACCUGUUUUCUGUUGACUGUCAAAAAACUUUCAGAAUUCACUAUAAUCAAGGAGUGAAGAAGUGAGUGUGAUCAUUUUUCCUGGUUAUUUUUCAAAUGAGAGCAAGAUUACAAACAAACAAUAAAAUCAUAAUGCUGGU